UUCAGCCGGACUCUGCCGAUCUCCACGACGACCGUUUCGAUCGUCUUCGAGUUCUGAUUCGAGGACAAGGUGAAGGAGAACGCGACAUGAAAGAGCGAGCGACACGGGGAAGGAGAUGCGUCGCCGCGCUCCUCGCUUCCCUCGCCAUGGCGUCGCUCUUCCUCUCGCCCGCCGGCGCCCUGCGGUUCGAGCUCGAAUCAGGGCACACCAAGUGCGUAACCGAGGACAUCAAGCUCCACGCCAUGGCCGUCGGGAAGUACUCCGUCGUCAUCCCGUCUGACGCCGCCCAGCUCCCCGAUUCUCACAAAAUCACCGUUAAGGUUACUUCGCCCUACGGUAAUAGCAUUCACUACGAAGAUCGCGUGGAAUCAGGCACCUUUGCCUUUAGCGCGAACGAGGAAGGCGACUACUUGGCGUGCGUGUGGGCGCCCUACCACCAACCGGCUGCUACGUUGACAGUGGAGUUUGAGUGGCGGACUGGCGUCGCCGCCAAGGACUGGACCAACGUUGCCAAGAAGGGGCAGAUUGAAGGCAUGGAACUGGAGUUGAAGAAGUUGGAAGAUACUGUGAAGUCCAUCCAUGAUGAAAUGUUUUAUCUUCGUGAAAGAGAGGAGCAAAUGCAAGAAAUGAACAGAUCUACCAACUCUAGGAUGGCUUGGCUAAGUUUCCUUUCACUUGCUGUCUGUCUUUCAGUAGCCGGCUUGCAGUUAUGGCAUCUAAAGAAAUUUUUUGAGAAAAAGAAGUUGCUAUGAUCCUGCUGCAGCAACUAGUUCGUGACUUUGACAUUUAUUUAUGUUAGGGUGUACUCAAUAUCAGGAAGCUCAACUUUUAUCAGCUUUACUCUCCAACCUUUUCCUGGUUCUUUUUUGGAACUCAAAAACCCCUUGUUAACACGUUCUUUUUCCCUAGUUGUCAUUUUACGUUCUUAAAUUUUCCUAUACCGAUGAUUGUAAACUUCAUAUUGGCUUAAGUUGCUUCCUUGAAUUUAUGCA